AAGAGUCCGAAAUUGUAAUAUUAUUUGUAAAUAAAUGUUUGUUUCUUUUGAUAAGAACAAUUGAUGCUUUAUUAUAUACUUUCAUACAUUUCAAAUACAAUUGAGAUAACUGGUUUAAAAUGCUACCUUCAUUGGGACUGUUUAAGGACUUUGUUUGUCCAUUCUUCACCGGUGGACCAAAGAGUUGCAACCGCUCUUUUUGUCAUUUUAAGCAUAUGCGUCCAGAAGAAAACACAACGCCACCUCCAGUCCCCGUUUACAUUCCAACACCGAAAUUACUCGCAUUACCUGAACUUGUUACUAAAAAGAAAAGCAAUCAGUUGGAAUACCAUCCAGAAAAACCUGACUUAAAUGCUUCUCCUACAAAAGUUAAACUUAAUGAUGCGAAUGUUCCAAAGUACACACCAGCACCAACAGGUAUUAAAGAUUAUAAACAAAUCGAUUUAAGUGAAUGUGAAGAAGAAUUGGAAGAAUUAACACUUUUAAUUGCGGAAAAUGAAAAUAUAAACGAUAAUGUGUCCCGAAAUGAUAAUGUAGCUGAUACUGCAGAAACUAAAAGUAAGGCAAACGAGUCUGCUUGUAGUAAAGAAAUUAUAAAAAACGAUACACGUAAGGAUAUUACAUCACACAAUGAAAUUCAACAAAGUUCAAAUGAAUCCAGCAGUAGUAAAGAAAAUAAAAACAAUAUUACUAAAGAAAAAUCAUCGUCAUCACACACCAAAGAUAAACAUAAAUCUUCACACAGUAGUAGGCGACGACAUAGCUCCCAAGAUAAAAGAAGUUCGCAAGACAGUAGACAUAAAAGUUCAACUGAUAGUAAAGAUACAAUCAGUUCUAAAAGCAAUAGCAAGCAUAAAAGCAGCAAACGGCGUGAAGAACCUUCAUCGCGUUCAUCUUCCUCUAGAAAAAAGCACAAGUCUUCCUCACCGAAUCGUAGUAGUAGAAAACAUCACAGUGGUGAUGAGUCAAAACACAGAAGUUCUUCUUCAUCAAAAUCAUCCAGAACAAAAUCAAAAUCAAAACAUUCUUCAUCCACAGAUAAAAACACAACAAAAGAUAAAGAUAGAACAGAAAAUGAUAUUUCUCCAAAUAAACAAUGUAAAGCUAAAGAAUACCUUCAUAUGGAGUUGGAUAUUUCAGAGGAAGACGAAACUGAUCAAUGCAAAAACAUAUUUGAUGAAAUUGAACAAAAUAUGAAAAGUUUGUGCGAAGACACAGCUAAAAUCCAAAAAACGGAUAACAGUUUAAAACGCAAACCGUCUGUAGAAGAUCCUGUUAUUGAUGGAGUUUCUAAAUCCAAAAAGCGGGUAGCAUAUGAAAAUGCAGAGAAAUGCAAAUCACUGUGUCCUAAGGUUUAUAAAAGACCGGAUCAUUUACAAAAUGCUAUGCGGGCUAUUUAUCAACGCCAAUUAGAAGCUAAAAUGAAUCAAAAAGAGGAAGAAGAAACUUUAACGAAGGCACAAUUAAGUGUUGAAGUUCCAACAACCACAAAUAAGUCUGCAAACGAUUUAGGCAAACUGGAAGAGAAAUUAACACCAUUAAUUAAGCCGUGUUCUUUACAACCGCCUAAAUCGAGAACUAUUGCACCUGUCUCGAGUAUAAUUGCUAUAGAGCGUGCUAAAAAGAAAAUCGAAGAACUUAAAUCACAAAGAAAACAAGCAUUUACACAAGCACAAACCACUAGAGGCGGCUCAAGAGUAGCUCAUCGACCUACACCUGAACAGAAAACUGAACCCGCACCACCAGUAUUGGAAGCAAACUCGUCAAAAAUAUCCUAUAAUUUACGUAUGCAGUACUACACUAUGAUGGUGGCCCAUUGUAAAGUUAUAUAUCCCAAUCUAGCAGAUGCUUAUGUUAGAGCACAAACGGAAGAGAUUACGGUUUUUAAGAAAUGUAAUACACCGAUUACGUACAAAAGUAGUUGCUCAUUGGCAAUUAAUAAAUUAAAAAAGGAGGCUGCAAACUCAGGCAAUAAACCUGAAACAGCAAAAUUGGAGUCACAUGAAGUGAACUUAGCAGGUAAAUUAUCCUUGGAUAGGAGGUGGAGCUUACAGAAGAAACCGAUAAAGAAAUUAGACUCUAGUGAGGAGCCAUUCGAUAAUUUAAGCGAUGUGGCUGCUUAUGAUAUGGUUUAUGGUUUAAUACUGACUGAAGAGCAAUUGGAACAAAAUGGUUUUCCGCGACCAGGUGAACGCGCGGGCAUGGCUAAAAUAAAUUUGAUUAGAGCCAAAAAGAAUUAUGUUUCCCAAUAUGAACGUUUAUGUAGUCGUUGCGGCAAACUUUUCAAUAUAAAUAUGUACGAUGAACAAUGUGUCGACGAAUGCAAUUACCAUGCGAAGGGUAUCGGUCGGUUUAACAAUUUUACAGAAAGUUUGUAUCGUUGCUGUCAGAAUUCGAUGAACUCACCUGGUUGUUCGUAUGCAAAUUAUCACGUCACAGAUAAUACGCAGAAUAACAUAUUGAAAGGUUAUGUUACUACUAUGGACAAAGAUCCUAGUUAUGUAUAUAAAAAGAAUGAUAUAUAUGCACUCGAUUGUGAGAUGUGCUACACAACUGAAGGCAUUGAAUUAACACGUAUAACCGUCGUAGAUAUCAAUGGUGAUAUUGCUUAUGAUUCACUAGUUAAACCCGAUAAUAAAAUUAUUGAUUAUAAUACAGUUUAUUCUGGCAUAACAGAGAGCAUGCUAUCUAAUGUCACUUGUAAAUUAAUCAAUGUGCAAGCGGUAUUGCUGUCGAUGAUACAUUCUAAAUCGAUACUUGUGGGUCACAGUUUGGAAAGUGAUUUAAAGGCAUUAAAAAUAAUACAUAGCUCAGUGGUAGAUACAUCGAUUUUAUUUCCGCAUCGAAUGGGACCACCAAAGAAACGUGCGCUUAAAACGCUGUGUAUUGAAUUCUUAAAGCUAAUAAUUCAAGAAAGUGAGCAUGGACAUAACAGUGCUGAAGAUGCUGCUGUAUGCAUAAAAUUAUUGAAAUUUUAUCUUCGUAAUCGUAUUGCUUAGUAAAAUCUAAAUUCUAAAUAUUUGCGUUGUAACAAUCAAAUAUUUGUAAAAUAUAACUUGAAUAAGGAAAUUAAAUA